AUGGUGUUGGCCGCAGCCAUGAGCCAGGACGCGGAUCCCAGCGGCUCCGAGCAACCGGACAGAGAUGCCCGCAGCGUGCCGGGUGCUCCGGCGCCCCCCGCGCCCCCAGGCCCGAGAGGGAUGCAGCCACCGCCGCCGCCGCCGCCCCCAGCCGGCCUACCGCAGAUCAUCCAAAAUGCCGCCAAGCUCCUGGACAAGAACCCAUUCUCGGUCAGUAACGCGAACCCUCUGCUUCCUUCGCCUGCCAGCCUCCAGCUGGCUCAGCUGCAAGCCCAGCUCACCCUCCACCGGCUGAAGCUGGCACAGACAGCUGUCACCAACAAUACCGCGGCCGCCACAGUCCUGAACCAAGUCCUCUCCAAAGUGGCCAUGUCCCAGCCUCUCUUCAACCAGCUGCGGCAUCCGUCUGUGAUCAGCGCCCCCCACAGCCAAACUGGGGUGCCCCAACAUGCUGCAACCAUGUCCAGUGCCCGGUUUCCCUCUAAUGCAAUUGGCUUCUCGCCCCCCGGCCAGACACGAGGCCCAGGACCCUCUGUGAGCCUUCCCAGCCAGCCCUCCAACGCCGUGGUGAUGCAUCCUUUCAGUGGGGUCAUGCCUCAGACCCCUGCCCAGCCAGCAGUCAUCUUGGGCAUUGGCAAGACUGGGCCUGCUCCCGCUGCAGCAGGAUUCUAUGAGUAUGGCAAGGCCAACUCCAGCCAGGCGUACGGCUCUGAAACAGACAGCCAGCCCAGCUUCCUGCCAGUCGUGGCCUCUACCACAGGCAGUGUGACCUAUGAAGGGCCCUACAGCCACUCAGGGCAAGAUGGCCAAGCUGCCUUUCCCAAGGACUUCUACGGACCCAACUCCCAAGGGUCGCAUGUGGCAGGUGGAUUUGCAGCUGAGCAGGCCGGGGGCGUGAAAGGCGAGGUAGGUCUGCUGCUGCAGGGUCCAAAUAGCCAGUGGGAGAGCCCCCACGGAUUCUCUGGCCAAAGCAAGCCCGAUCUUACGGCAGGCCCUAACCUGUGGCCUCCACCCCGCAGCCAGCCCUAUGAGCUGUAUGACCCCGAGGAGCCCACCCCAGACAGGACCCCUCCUUCCUUUGGGGGUCGGCUUAACAACAGCAAGCAGGGUUUCAGCGGUGCCCGGCGGCGGGCCAAGGAGGAGCAUGCUCUGCUGUCCGUGCGGCCCCUGCAGGCUCACGAGCUGAAUGACUUUCACGGUGUGGCCCCCCUGCACCUGCCACACAUCUGUAGCAUCUGUGACAAGAAGGUGUUUGAUUUGAAGGACUGGGAGCUGCAUGUGAAAGGGAAACUACAUGCUCAGAAAUGCCUGGUCUUCUCUGAAAAUGCUGGUAUCCGGUGUAUACUCGGUUCGGCAGAGGGAACGCUGUGUUCCUCUCCAAACAGCACAGCCGUUUAUAACCCUGCUGGGAACUCUGAAGAUUAUGUCUCAAAUCUUGGAUCAUCAUACGCGGCCAUUCCAGCAAGGUCAUUUGCUCAGUCAAAUCCCGCAUUUCCUUCAGCUUCCCCUGGGACAAAUUUUGCACAGCGGAAAACGGGGGCUGGCCGCGUGGUGCACAUCUGCAAUCUCCCUGAAGGAAGCUGCACGGAGAAUGACGUCAUUAACCUGGGGCUGCCCUUUGGAAAGGUCACUAAUUACAUCCUCAUGAAGUCCACUAAUCAGGCCUUUUUAGAGAUGGCUUACACAGAAGCUGCCCAGGCCAUGGUCCAGUAUUACCAAGAAAAAUCUGCUGUGAUCAAUGGUGAGAAGUUGCUCAUUCGGAUGUCCAAGAGAUACAAGGAAUUACAGCUGAAGAAACCUGGAAAAACUGUGGCUGCCAUCAUCCAGGACAUGCAUUCCCAGAGGGAGAGGGACAUGUUCCGGGAAGUGGACAGAUACGGCCCGGAAAGGCCACGGUCUCGCAGUCCGAUGAGCCGGUCACUAUCCCCGAGGUCCCACACUCCGAGCUUCACCUCCUGCAGCUCUUCCCACAGCCCUCUGGGCGCCCCCCGGGCCGACUGGGGCAACAGCCGGGACUCGUGGGAGCACUCGCCCUAUGCCAGGAGGGAGGAGGAGCGAGACCCGGGCCCCUGGAGGGAGAACGGGGAGGACAAGAGGGGCAGGGCAGACGCGUGGCCGCACGAUCGCAAACACUACCCCUGGCAACUGGACAAAGCCGACUUAGAGGAGCGGCUCGAAGGGAGGGUGGGCCACCGAGAAAAGCACCCGAGGCCCGGGUCCCCCACCCUGCUCCACUCUGCAUCGGGCUACAAAAGCCGAGAAGACGGCUACUACCGGAAGGAGCCCAAGGGCAAGUCGGACAAGUAUGGAAAGCCGCAGCAGGACGCUCCCGGGAGGUCCAGGAGGAAAGAGGAGGCCAGACUGCGGGACAGCAGACACCCCCACCCCGAGGACUCAGGCAAGGAAGACGGGCUGGAGCCGAGGGUCACUAGUGUCCCUGAGAGCACCAAGUCUAAGCAGAGUGAGAAAAACAGAACCAAGAGACCCGACAGAGACCAAGGAGGAGCUGACGACCGAAAAGAAGGCAGGAUGGUGGGGAACGAGGCUGGAAAACAAGAGCAGGAAGGCAUGGAAGAAAGCACCUCAUCAGCGGCCAGGCAGGAGAAAGGAACAGAGUGCCCGGAUGCAGAAGACACAAGGACAAAGAAGGAGCAAGAGUGGGAGAGUGGAAGUGAGGCCGAAGGGGAGAGCUGGUACCCCACCAACAUGGAGGAGCUUGUUACGGUGGACGAGGUUGGCGAGGAGGAAGAUUUUAUUAUGGAACCAGACAUCCCCGAACUGGAAGAAAUUGUGCCCAUUGACCAGAAGGAUAAAAUCUGCCCAGAAAUAUGUCCCUGUGUGAUGACCACCUUAGACCUGGACAUAGCCAAGGACUUCACCAAUGAGGGAGUGAAGCCCGUGGGGAACGGGGCCAUGGAAAUCAGCCUCAAGACACCCAAAGACCUGCCUUCUACCCCCACGAGCUGUCGCAGUGACAUGGACGUAGAAAUGCCUGGCCUAAAUCUGGACGCUGAGCGGAAGCCAGCUGAACGUAAGACAGGCCUCUCACUGGAGGGUUCAGGUUGCUACGAGGAGCAGGCAGAGGGAGGGGAGCACUCCGAUGUGCGUCUGGCCCCUCCACUCCAGCAAAUGUCUUCCCCGGAGCCAGCAGAGGAGGGGGCCCGGCAGCCUAGCCCACCUCUCGAUGACUGCAAGGCCAGGGGGACCCCCGAAGACGGGGCUUGUGAAGGCAGCCCCCUGGAGGGGAAAGCCAGUCCUCGCACCGACACCAACCUCCAAAGCCAGGCUUGCCAAGGAGUGUCGACCCAGGACAACCCCAAGUACGUGGAAAUGAAAUCUCUGGACGUGAGGUCACUGGAAUACACCGAGGUGGAGCUGAAACAGCCCCUCUCUUUGCCUUCCUGGGAACCAGAGGAUGUGUUCAGUGAACUUAGCAUCCCUCUAGGGGUGGAGUUCGUGGUGCCCAGGACUGGGUUUUACUGUAAGCUGUGUGGGCUGUUCUACACGAGCGAGGAGAUGGCGAAGACAAGCCACUGUCGCAGUGCUGUCCACUACAGGAACUUACAGAAGUACUUGUCCCAGCUGGCCCAGCAGGGCCUCAAGGAGCCCGAGGGGGCCGGCAGCCCCAGGCCUGAAGAGGGUGCAAUCAUGCCGCACUUUGAGAGGAAGAAGCCUUGACGCUGCGGGAAGCCGGGAGCCGAGGUGGGGCCUUCCUGACCUCAGCAACGGAAGCUAAAGCCAGAGAGGAAGGAAAACCAGGCCGGCCAUGUUGCCUCGGCUUGUCCCCGGAGACUCGUGAAAAUGCCCUCGAAGUGUCUCCGCAGUGAAGCUGUCACCUGAUGUGUCCAGCGGCUGAGGGCCACCCUCUCUCCCCCCACCUCCCUGAUUCUUGUUUCCUUCAAUUUGCUUCUCUCUUCUUCCCCCUCCCUCCCUCUCUCUCACCUUCUGUGCCAAGGGUCAUUUAUUUUUCAUAAAACCCAACUUCUCAGGGAUUUUCACAGUGUUCAAAUUCUUGAUGGGACAGGACAGGUCAGGCCAGCCUGAUCAACCAAGGAAGAGAUCUCCCGGAAACUCCCGGGUCAAGACCCAUUUUGGGGGCCUGGAGCAUUUUCUGCACCUGGUGUCCUGAGCCGGGGGAGGU